AUGUCCGACACAUCCGACACAGAAGACUCGAUAUCCCAGCCCAGAAGCCCGUCGGCAUCCUCAAACUGCACAAAGACCGCCGACGAGCCGCCGCCCUGCGGCUGCGCGCUGCUGCAGUGGCUCAGAAGCCAGCUGCAGGCGGGGCAGUACGCAACCACGGGCGGCGACUACCUCGAGAUCAUCUUCACGCACCGCGAGGCGUUCCAUGCCUUCCCGGACGGCCACCGCACAUGCGCCAUCGGCUUCAGUGAUAUCGCCAUGGACAUCGAGCGGCGGGAGACGAGGCCGGAUCGGGAGAGCGACCCGGAGGCGGCCGCAGCGUUCAGGCAUGAGGCAUGGGUGAUCGCGAGCAGCGGUAUCUGGUCGCAACCGACUAUAUGA